CUAUUCCUCCCCUGACACAAGAUGGGGGCACUAUUCCUCCCCCCUUAACCAAGAUGGGCACUAAUUUUCCACUGCACCAAGAGGGGCCUUUCCCCCGGCCAAGAGGGGGGCCCAUCCCCAUAACCGGUUUGGGGCCUAUUCCUUUCCCACUGAUACCCAAAGGGUGGGGGCCUUUUCCUCCCCCCUUACACCCUUGGGGGCCCAUUUUCCCACUGAACCCAAAGGGGGGACUUUUCCCCCCACGACCAAGUGGGGAACUAUUCCCCCCACUGACACCCUGUGGGCACUAUUCCCCCCACGGAAACCAAGAUGGGGGGGCUUCCCCCCCUGACACCCAAAAAGGGGCACUAUUCCCCCCACUGACACCUAUGAUGGGGCACUAUUCCCCCCACUGACACCAAUGAUGGGGCACUAUUCCUCCCACUGAUACCAAUGAUGGAUCACUAUUCCCCCCACUGACACCUAUGAUGGGGCACUAUUCCUACCACUGACACCAAUGAUGGGGCACUAUUCCUACCACUGACACCAAUGAUGGGGCACUAUUCCCCCCACUGACACCUAUGAUGGG